AUGGACACUAGUAUUCCCAGAAGUUCAAAUAAUGUAAUUAGCUCUUCAGUCUAUCAGACAACACCAAAAAACCAAACAGCAAACCUUAAUGUUGAUUCAAAUCAUGAAACUAGCUCUAUAUUUCAGACAACACCAAAAAAUCAAACAGCAAACCUUAAUUUAGAUUCAAUUCAUGAAACUAGCUCUAUAUUUCAGACAACACCAAAAAAUCAAACAGCAAACCUUAAUUUAGAUUCAAUUCAUGAAACUAGCUCUAUUAAUCAUACAACACACAGAUCUUUGCCAAUUAAUAUAUUGUCAAAUUUAUCUGAUUCAACUUUAGCAAGCCCUCUGCCUUCAACAUCUAGAGACUUAAGUAGCUCUUUUAUAAUAAAUGGUAUUCAAAAUACCCCUACUACAGACUUAUUGCAACAGAUUUUUGAACAAGGUAAUGCUACUCAUAUAUUUUUAAAACGAUUAGAUGGAAAGAUUGAACGUUUGGAACAUAAAAUUAUGGAUAUUUCUACAAAUAAAAACAACAAUAAUAUUCAAACAUUAAAUGAUGAUUUUUUAUCAUAUUUUCCCAUGAAGGAUAUAGCCGGAAUUGAUAAUAUUGAAGCUCUUAUUACCAAUGAUAUUGGUUUUAAAAAAAAUGUGGAAAAUUUUGUAACUCAAAUAGGAGGCACUGAUGCAAAAAACUUUGUUAAACGUAUAUUUCAAAGACUCUUUUCAAAUGAAUUGCCGUCCAAGUGUUCCUGGACUGGUUUCCGUAACAAUUUCAAACUUGAAAACCUUACAAUUGUGGCCAUAAUAAAAGGUGUAUGCAGAGAUAAUUUUAAAAUUUCUGAUAUAGAGUUUGAAACUCUUGUCAAACAUUGGUUUCGCCAUGGAGCUCAACGUUUGGCUCGGGAUCAGUUGCUGUGCAAAAAUAAAUAG